CUGACUAAAGACAACAACGGGACGAGGUGAGUAAAUAUCUUUGAGGACUAAAGUCAAUCAAACGACACUAGCAGCUGGGACCUUUCUUAUCAUCUGCUGCAACAUAAAACACAAUCUGUCACUGCGUCACAUUGUGCAACUUUGGAUCGUUGACCCAAGAUAGUUUUAUACCAAUACUUUGAAUUUAAAAGUAACGUUACUGCUCUAGUUACUUAGAUUACACCAGCACCCACAGACUACUGCAGUCUGCACGCGACUCGUUAUAUGAACUAAACAAAUAAAGAGCAAACGGCGCUGCGGGUUUUCCGGUAGGAACACUUUGUUCCGCUAACUGUACCUGAGCAACAGAGCUAAAGCUAGCCCGGGUUAGCUGUCCGUCAGCUGUGCUAUUGUUAGCUCGAUAAUAACGAUGUAACUUAGUGGUGUUGAGGUUAAAAGAUGAAGAACACACACUGCACAGUGCAAUGAAGCCGGAACUUAACAAAGCAGAGUGACAUACCAGCAGGACGACGUAGGACUAGAUUUCCUGUGGGCCUGUUACAUAAACUCAGCCGCGUCAAGCUAACGACAAUACAGUCGGAAACAGGAUAUAUACCUUUCAAAAUAAAACUUAAUUUUCACCACUACAGGUUAUUACACUAUUUAUUUAUUUUUUGCCACGGCCUAUAUCACAUAUCUAUAUAUUUGUAAGUGUUAUUUACGUGGAUGAACUAUAACUGCACUUUAUUUGUCAGAAUGGCAUUUCCUAUACAGUAUUUCAUUUUAACUGGGAUAUUCAACCAUAGGUUGCCUGUAACCAUAGACUGUUCAUCCAAGGCAUUGUCAGGAAUCUUAUUUUGGUUAUGACCGGAAGUUAUUGAUGGUUCUCGGCAGCUUGACACAACAACAAAUACGCCCCAGGCACGCGUUUCCCAGGAUUUAACCCUGUUGUUACCGUAUUCACCUACAGAGGUGAAUUACAUGAUUUAUUGAUCGGACCGCUAUAUCUUGACCACAACAAAACACAUGUACGUUUUUAAAAAUACUCGUAAUUGUGUAUAUUCUACACAGCUGUCAGUCCUAUAUUUCUGAUUAUGAACCAAUCUAUAUGUUGUUUGGACUCUUGAUCACUGGAUGGUGAUAAUGAACACAUUUUGCCGUCUGUCUAAAGAAGAGGAAGGAACAACACUUGGCUCAUCUUUGCAUUACAUACAUUCCACACAGCAAGUUGAAAACACGUACAGAGACUUCAAUGACAAUCCACAGCGAGAGAUGAUGGACUCUGAGGUGUCUGUGCUGCUGCACUGUGCAGCCUGGAGGGGCCUGCUGCAGUCUCAAGUACAAGUGGAGCUCUCUGAAAGAUUUAACAGGCAGACAGACCCGUCCCUGGAGCAUGAAAUAGAGGAGGUGUGGACAGAGCGGGUGUCCAAGGAGCCGUGGCUUUUCAACGGGUCCAAAUUCAGACUGCACUCUUUCUGCUUGGCCUCAUCAUCCUCUGUUUCUCCUAAACUCUCACCCUGCACUCAUCGGGGCCACAUUCCCCUCUUAGACUGUGCAGAGCAACAGGAGGGGGUAUUAAAACACAGCAGACAAAGGAUGGAGGAGAAUGUGUCCAUCAAAGAUUCUCUGCAUGAUGCUGUUCAGAGCAGUUUGGACAAAAGAAACAGACCCGUGAACCAUAGAAAAAAUGAAGAUAGCGCAUUCUCACAAGCGACCUCCAUUCACAGUGAAUCUAAGAGCGUCACAGGCGAACGUCCUUCCAAAAACACAGAUGAUGAGCAGACCGCGUCACUCCUCACUCUGAGACUAGGCCUUACCUGCUACAAAGAUUACCUGGGAACAAACUGGUCGUGUCGAGUGGCCGAGCUUCGUCAGCAUGGAGAGGUGCAGUUCGGGGAUCCUCUGGCGCUGCUGGCUCAACCUCUGGGUGUGGGUGGCGUCCUGUGUACGGACGACGGUCAGGUGGUGUUGAUCAGGAGGAGCCAGAGGGUGGCAGAGGCAGGGGGGCUCCUGGACAUCCCCGGAGGUCACCCAGAGCCAAAGGUGGUGUGCGAGCGUCUGGGCCAGCUUGUGUGUGAGGAGCAGAUCAGUGUGGACAUGAUGCAGGAGAGGCCUGUCGUCUCCGAGCUGUUCUCGUCUGUGUGCGCGGAGAUCAGAGACGAGGUGAAUAUUCCUCUGAGCUCCCUCGGAGAGCCGGUCCUGAUGGGAGUCGCUCUGAAUCACACCAGCGCUGGCAGACCGAGUGCUGAGUUUUACAUCAGCUGCUCGUUGACAUCUGAUGAAGUCAGAACAUUGUACUGGAAAGGAGGAGCAGAGGCCAGCGAGUCCACAGACAUUAUUUUUCUCAGCAGGACGGAGGUGUUGCAGCUGGACAGAAGCAGCCCUCUAUGGUCGGAGCUGUGUCCCUCAGCUAAAGGAGCCGUGCUGCUUUAUCAGACAGUAAAGCCGGACAGCGAGCGAGGCCAGAAAACACGACACGACCCAUCAGAAAAUACCUCGAGAUGAUGAAACGUACACAAACAUCAGAUUUAGAUUAGAUAUUACUUUAUUCAUCCCCAGGGAGAAAUUUCUUGAAACAUGAAGACUUGAGGAAUUUCUUACUCUGACUUUGAAAACUCUCAACUGGUGUUCACAAAAUACUGUGUAUUUUCAUGAUUUGUAAAUUGCACAGUAAAAACAUGAUUGAAUUAAUAAACUAUUUUUAAUAAAAAUCCUUUAAAGUGA